AUGGCCCCUCCCGAAAUCCAUUCAACCUUCUCCGUCACUUCGGGCAGCCUCUGCUUCGGGGACCUCGCUGAAAUCUGUAAAGGGGCAUCCAACGCGAUCCAACCAUUUCCCAACGUGAGACCGAGGGUCGGUGGGACUGUCAAAGCCCAUAAGAUCGAGUACAAUGUGGCGGCGGAGAACGGAAACUGGAAUGUCUACCAGCUAAUCGACCGGGAAAGAGGCGGCGUUUCAGGAUGGUUUGUUUGCCAUUCUACCACCGUCGACGACCCUGGCCGGGAAAUGGACAAGAUUCUCCGAGUCUCCGGCUCCCCCUACGAACCAGACAGUGGAAGCAAGAUGAAUAACGACAAAACAGCUGCUGAGGGGAUCUUUGUCAUUAACCGAUACGAUUGGAUCUCCUCCAGCAGAAAUUUCGAUAGGGACGAAAAUGAUGCCCAGUCUCAAGAAGGUCCCUUUGACGCGAACAUGUAUGGAAGCGCAGCCGGCCUCAUCGACCACGGCCAGGCCAUAUCCCAAGUGGACGCAUGGCGAGCACAGAACCCUCGACCAGCCAAAGAGGCCAUCAUCGCCGACAGCGGAAUCUGGAUGAUUAUACCACACGACGAAUACCAUUACGGUCGCUUUGGGUUUAAUGACGACCGCACCGCGGCUCGGUCUUUCCUCUUCUUCGCAACGAACACAUAUUUCACUCAGACAUCCUUCCGCGGCGAAGAUCAGGAAACAUUCCGUAAGAAAGAGUCCCACGAAGAAAGAUUCGCCCGACGUCUCCGUGAGGGAUACGACUUUUCUGGGCUCGAAGAGUUGAACGAGCGAUGUGGUCCUCUUACUCAGGAGGAAGAGAAUGCAGGGAUUUUGCGCUUGUAUCCUUUGCGACCUCCCGAGGAGAAGUGGUUGGGUCCAUAUGACAAAACAGAACACCUGUUUUCCCCCGAGGAGUUUGUCUUUCUGCUCCAUCAAGGGCCGAUUUUGCAUGACCCAUCAUCGUUCAGCGCGUGUGUGGAAAUAGAUCGACCCGGAAGGGGAUUGAGGUUUGUCGAGCAAUUGAAGGAGCAGGUCUGUGACCUUAUCAAUGAGAUGACUCUGAGUUAUCUGGAGAGUGUUGUAUUGGGUGUUUUGCGCUCCCAGAUGACUCUGCCAACGGGGUUAGUGUCAUCACCCGCAACUGCAGCUACGUCGUUCGCAGCUGCUCUGUUUCCCCGUCACCAGGAUCAAGAUCGCGGGAGAACAGGUGAUUUUAUGCUGUACGAAUACUUUCUGAAUGCGCUUCCUAUGAAGGGGUUUGAGACUGCUGGCGUGGCGGAAAAGAUAGAGACGUUUUUCAAUUCAAGGCUAGGGGAGGAUGAAAUCAAGGUAGGAGAAAGGGAAAAGGAGAUAAUGGAGAAGUUAUCUUGUGUGAUGGUUCUUCUGGUAAUGCUCUUGCUGGAUGGCUCCGCUUUGUGUGCUCGGGACUGUAACAGAGAUGCAAUCGUGCCAUGGGAUGUGCGGGUAAUAGUGUCCGUGGGCGAUCUUUGGAUGUUCGAAAUGUUCCAGUACUCGAGGGUGUUCUGGAAAGGGCAAUCCAGUUAG